AUGCCGGGUCCGGUGGCCGGUAGCAAGUCCCGUGUGUACGCCGAUGUCAACACACUGAAGAGCCGGGAUUACUGGGACUACGAGGCCCACGUACCCAACUGGAACAACCAGGAGGACUAUCAGCUGGUACGUAAACUGGGAAGAGGGAAGUAUAGUGAAGUCUUCGAGGCCAUAAACAUCACCAACAAUGAGAAGGUGGUAGUCAAGAUUCUGAAGCCGGUUAAGAAAAAGAAGAUCAAGCGUGAGAUCAAGAUUUUGGAAAACCUGCGAGGUGGGACCAACAUCAUCCGUCUGGUCGACACAGUCAAAGACCCCGUGUCCAGAACGCCAGCACUCGUCUUUGAAUGCAUCAAUAACACAGACUUCAAGGAGUUGUACCAGAAAUUGACUGACUAUGAUAUCCGUUUUUAUAUGUAUGAACUACUGAAGGCCCUGGACUACUGUCACAGCAUGGGAAUCAUGCAUCGCGAUGUCAAGCCCCACAAUGUGAUGAUUGACCACCAGUUGAGAAAGCUACGCUUAAUAGACUGGGGUUUGGCGGAGUUCUACCACCCUUCACAAGAGUACAACGUCAGAGUGGCGUCCCGAUACUUCAAAGGCCCCGAGCUCCUGGUGGAUUACCAAAUGUAUGAUUACAGUCUAGACAUGUGGAGUUUGGGUUGCAUGCUUGCCAGUAUGAUCUUCCAGAAAGAGCCCUUCUUCCAUGGACAGGACAACUACGAUCAGCUGGUGCGAAUUGCCAAGGUUCUGGGGACUGAUGAGCUGUUCGGCUACCUGCGUAAAUACCACAUUGAAUUGGAUCCACGCUUCAAAGAUCUGCUUGGACAACAGAGCAGGAAACGCUGGGAGCAGUUUGUUCAGACCGAGAAUCAGCACUUGGUGAGCCCUGAGGCUUUGGACCUCCUAGACAAGCUGCUUCGCUACGACCAUCAACAAAGACUGACCGCCACAGAGGCCAUGGAGCAUCCCUACUUCUACCCCGUUGUUAAGGAGCAGUCUCUGUCGAAUUCUGACAACAUGGUUUCCAGUGGCAACACCACGGCACGAUGA